ACGUCACUCGUAUCACUCAUAUCAGACGGUCCGAGUUCGUUUUUGUCAGUGUGUUUUUAGUUAAUUUGCGUUUCACUCUGAUCUCUACUAGCCUCGAUCAGAAGUAAUCAUGAGUCUGCGGGCCGCUUUUCCACGCGGUCGCUCCGUCGGCCGUAGGUUUUUUGCGACUGUGGCCGCCGUCGACGCUAGGCCGACCGAAUGGGAGUUGGCGAGGCCCUAUGAAGAAAUCCCUGGGCCUAAACCGAUCCCAGUGGUCGGAAACAAGCACCUCUUCAUGUUCGGGACGUACGACUUCAGUAGCUUGACUGAGGCGUUCAGAAAAAUCAACACCGAAUAUGGCGACAUCGUCAAGUUCUCAGGGAUGGAGCCUCGCAGGGACAUGGUUGUGAUUUACAACGCGGACGACAUCGAGACAAUUUUCAGGAACGAGGGCAUUUGGCCCGAGAGACCCGCCCUCCAGUGCAUGAAAUACUACCGCGAGACGGCCAGGAAGGACUUUUUCCAGGGCAUCGGUGGAGUUCUGAACGAUCAAGGUGAGCCGUGGCAAAAGAGCCGCACCCUAGUCAACCCUGUCAUGAUGCAGCCCAAGACAGCCAAGCAGUACUCGCACGGAAUAAAUCAGGUUGCCGAGGAAUUCAUCGCAAAGGUUCCUGGCUGGAGGGAUGCGAAAAACGAAAUGCCAGUGGAAUUCAAAAAUGAACUGCACAAAUGGGCCCUGGAAUCAAUCGUUUUGAUCGCUUUGGACACGCGUUUGGGCUGCCUCGACCCAAACAUGAAGCCAGAUUCUGUUCCCCAAAAGAUGAUCACAGCCAUCCACCAACUUUUCACCGAUAUGCAUAUUUUGGAAAUGAAGAGUAUGGUUUGGCAUUUUAUCCCAACCCCAACUUUCAAGCGCUUCAUUAAAAAUUCGGAUUUGCUUUUGGAAAUCAGCUACAACUACAUCAAGGAGGGUAUGGAGCGGUACAAGAACAAAAAGCCUGACGAAAAGGGCAGCAGCGUGUUGGAAAAGUUCCUGGAAAGGGACCCUGACCCAAAGAGGGCCAUCGUUAUGGCCCUUGACAUGCUCUUUGCCGGCGUCGAUACCACUUCGCACGCGUUGACAAACGUUUUGCUGCACCUGUCGGCAAACAAGGACAAGCAGACGCUGCUGUUUAACGAGCUGAAGCAGUUCAUGCCCAAAGUGGACACCCCCCUCACAUACGAGUCACUCCAAGGAAUGAAAUACCUCAAAGCCUGCAUCAAGGAGUCCAUGAGAAUCCGACCUAUUGCUGGGAGCAAUGCAAGGACGACGCACUCCGAGUUAGUUCUCUCCGGCUACCGAAUUCCCAAAAACGUGGACGUUUUGUUUCCGAACGGGCUGCUCUCCACAAUGGAAAAGCACUACCUUGAGCCCCAGAAGUUCAUCCCUGAGCGGUGGAUCCGUGGCGGGGAACAAGCGCACAAGGCCCACCCCUUCGUCACCCUCCCUUUCGGCCACGGCGCGAGGAAGUGCGUCGGAAUGCGAUUCGCUUCCAUGGAACUCGAGAUGCUCCUCGCUAAAAUGGUGCGAAGGUUUGAGUGGGACUACAAGUACGGCCCAAUGCGUUACCAAACCACCAUGAUCGACGCACCCAUUGACCCUUUGCGGUUCACCGUGCUUGACCGAUGAACGAUCAAGUUUUUUCAAGCAAAUGAUAAUUUUCUAUGAUUUCUAAUAAUUUUACAAUAAUUUUACAUAAUUAUAUUGUGGGGUCUCUAAAUGCACCAACUAUGAAUCAACGGCAACUUUUGCAAAAAUAACAUUUUUAAAUAUAUUGUGAUAAAACGUUGGCUGUUUCCCUCGUACAAUAACAUAAAUUUAUUUAAUAUUUUUCACACUA